AUGGCGAGCGCGUUAACGCGACAGCUCCAAGCGCUUCGCGAAGCCGGCGCCGGCAGCAAGCGACGCACGGCCUCGUUCCUCUACGACCAACGCGAAGCUGCACGCCUGGACGACGAGACGAUCUACAACCUGGCGUGGAAUGGCUUACUGGAGCUCAAGCAACUGGACGCGCGUUUUGACGAGCUGGACGCUGACGCGAGCGUGGCCGCGCUCUUCAGCCGCCAGCGGAUCCACUUUCAUCGUGCACAGAGCUCCAAGCAAGACGAGCAGGAGCUGAAUUUGGCGCUUGGCAAGAUCCUGGACGCACUUAGCGCCUACUUUUUACUGGACGCUGCGCACAAAGUGCUCGAGUUCCUCGUGCGGCGCUACGAAAUCCAUCAGUACAAUGUGGACGCUGUGAUGGCCACGAUUGUGGCGUACCACGAGUCGUCGUGGUUUGUGCGCAUGGUGCGGCUGCUCCAUAUUCACGAGACGCGGUGGGAGUUUUUACUAGCGGUCAAGACACAGGGCAAUACGCCGUUGCUGCGUGCAGCGCUUGUUCAACGGGCUAUGGACGACUCAUCGGUUGUGGAGUUUAUUUUCGAGGCAGCGACGCGCAUUGGCACGAGCAAUGCCAAGCUCACGUCGCUGUACACACUCGUGGUGCUGCAGCUUUUGGAACAGUGCAAAGUGACGGAGCAGCGCCUGCGGUGGCUGAUCCCGCACCUACUGACAGCACUCAAGAGCUCGGACUUUCCCGAGUUGCAGUCGUCGGCAUACAUGAUUGCGACCAAGUUGGCAUCAAGAGCGACGUUGACGGACAAAGUGGUGGAUGCUUUGGUCAAGGCACUGGUCAAGCACACGCAUGCUAGCGCACAGAUGAAUGCGCUGUUGUGUGUGAUUUUUCUAGCGCAGACUCAAUCGUCGUUCCGGUUGUCGAUCUCAGCAGGAAAACACUUGGUACACAUGGAAAAUGCAGCAGACUUUUUGCGGGACGCUACGUCAAAGUACGAGUCAUCCACGUUCGUCCACAUCUUGAUCGUCUUUCUGACUCGACAGAUGAAGUCGAGCGACGAUGCUUAUUUUCGAUUGUUGACGACGCUUAUUGAGAGCGUUUCGGUCGUGGAUGAGUUCACAGGCGAGCUGGUUGAGAAAAUGAUCGAACAGGCUCAAGAACAGGCAUUCAUGAUGGAUGAUGCACGUGUAAUAGCGAUCUCGCAGGUGCUAGUUGCGCUGAGCAAGAAAGACGCAACACGGGUAGACGCUGCGAUUACCAGCGUGCUGUCGAAGCAAAGUAAGGAGGACGAGAAGCUAAACGAAUUUUUGACCAAGACGUUUGAGAAUGUGGCCAACUCGGCACACUUUGUGCCGUUGUCUGUGAACGCGAACACAUCCUUGGCUCUUGCUUUAGAUCAUCCGACAGCACGCAUCCGAUACAAGGCUUUACACUCGCUGGCGAAGAUGAACGAUGCUAGUGCGGAAGCUGCGACGGCUAGCAAAGUUCAGGUCCUUCGGAAAGCGGAUGUACUUUUGCGUCGGAUGCUCGACGACGACAAGGGAAUUGUCCAUUACAUGGUUUCUAGUUCGCUCGGCGACCUGAUGCUGACCUUGUGUUCCCGAAGAAAAGGGCUCGAGACACUUGUCCAUGCAAUACGCAAAUGGACUGCUCGCGGAGAAGCUGCCCUCCUCAAGGCUAUUGCCGGCUUCGUAUUGAAGAAUUUUCGGAAAGCAUCUGGAUCGUCAGAAACGGACGAGAAGCUGCUGACGGUGUUUGUUUCGCUCGUGCAUGCCAGAAGUGUUGUUUCCGUGGACACGAUUUGGACCUGGAUUGCAGCUCUUGACCACCCAUUCGGUGUGAGCGCUUGUACGUUGUUGACAAAAAUGGAGAAAAGUAUAGCCGACAUGGCUGAAACUUUUGGACAUGCUCUUUCUGCUGACGUCCCAAGAUUGCUACCGUAUUGCUUGCGCUGGACACGGUUGUCGGAAUUUAAUGAUAGAUCUCUAUCGAGUUUUGUAAUUGAUGUCUUGUCUGCGGCGAGUUCUCAGCUAGCGGCGAAGGCUUUGAAAUCGCAAAGUGAUCGGCAACAUUUGGCGUCGUUGAAUAAGUCCUUUGGGUGUAUCCUGAAGGAAAAGUUUGUGUCACUGUGUGAAGCUGAAGUAUCGGAAGAGGCCAACAAAGACGCGGCACGUAUUGCGUCGAAGCUGGCUCGGAUUGCUCGUAAUGAAUUCGCUGUGUCCCGUGAUAGUUUUGAUAGUUGUGUCGCUACACUGCUGCAGUCUCCGAACUCCAUAUUCGUUCGCACUCAAGAGUGCUUGCUUGACUUAUUUCAUGGAGACCUGACGGACCAGUUGCUGCCAACGAUGGCACGCAUCAUCACUAAGCCUGUUUCCACGGAUGACGUUUUGACAGUGCUGGCAAAAUCGCGCUCGCUGGAUAUUGUAUCUGCUGUGCUCGAAGGGCUCUCAUGUACCGAGUCUAAUAAAGAGCUGCGACAGCUUGUCCACAUCGUCCCUGUUGUCAUAGUAGCACUCUCGGAUCGUAGUAAGGCAGUGCGUCAUUCUGCGGCUUCGUGCCUCGACCGCUGGAUCUUAUCGUGUGGAGACGCUGUGCGAUCUUCAAAUUCAACUGACCUGAAAGUACUGCAGAACGCGUCUUCAUAUUUUCUCCAGGCAAAGCAGGACAUGUUAAUGGACGGCAACUCGGUGGUUGUGCUUUGCGGCACGUACUGCGUUCAAAAAGAGAGCUCAUCGUUCUUCCAGCUUCUCAUGAACUUCGUGUCUUCUGCCAGCAAUGACGAAGUGUGCAUUUCAGUGAAGCUACUGGAUUUGUUAGCACCAGUGAAGAGAACCUCAUUCUGGCUUCAGUCUGUCGACUUUUUUCAGCAAGCACUAUCUGGGUACUCAACCAAAGAUGUGGACGAGUCUACGUUGAAAAUGCUAACUGGAUUUCUCAGGCACUACUUGGACGUGGACGUUGCUGUGACUACGACCAAACGAGGAAAACCAGCUGUCCCAAAGGAGUUUGUGGAAGCUGUGUUGGGUGUCCUGCGCUCCGAAAAGGAUUUCGUUUCGCGUUUUUACACGCUGCAGAUCUUUUUGGCGACAAGUUUGUCGUCGAAGUUUUACGCUGCCCUCGAUGAUGGGUCUCGUUCUGCUAUUGUCACGAAGAUGCUCCGUUUGCUCAUGGUUGCAGAGGAAGCUGUUGCUUCCAAGGUGGUUCAGUGUCUCAGCAGCCUUCCUAUCAGCUACGGCAUAUUUGUGGGAUUGCUGAAAGAACAGCUAUCUGCUGAGGUGAAAACAGCAGAGCUGAGCUGCAUCCUCGAGGUUCUCGCUAUCCAGGUCGACAAUGCUUCGAGCUACAAGGGGGCAGAAUUUGAUACAAACAAGCUUCUUGCAACGUUGUGCGACGUGCUAGCUCUCUUCUGUGACCAAAUCCACGAGGACGUCGUAUCGGAAUACAUCGUGCAGGUCUUGUUUAGCUGCUUGCGCCGGGUUUGCGAGGUCAUGCCUUCAACUUCUAGUCAAGCUAGCGAACAGUUGACAAGUGGCACCAAGUGCUUGGCGACAAGUGUGAAGCCAGGGCUUCUUGUCAAACACACGCUUUUGUGUCUGAGUCGAACUUCGUCGCCCCAAACGCGCAACGAGGGUUUGCUGUUCAUUAGCUCAUUAGUAGGAUUGUAUCCUGCAAGUGUGCUUGCAUCACUGGACAACAUCCUGAGUUUCGUCAGCGCUGGUUCAAUUCGUCUCGAGGACGAAUAUUCGUACCACGUCCUCGAAACAAUAAUCAAGGCAGUGGUUCCUCACAUUGUAACAGCCGAGGAGAAGGAAGCCAGUGCUUUGAUUACAUCACAGCGGUUUAUCGGUCUCUUUGUGGAUGCAUUCAGCCGGAUACCAACGAGCAAGCGUUUGAUUCUCUUCGAAGUGGUGGUCAAGUCUCUCGGAAGUGAGCUACUGCCGUACUGUGUUGUGGCACUGCUGCAGCACGCGGCUAUUGUGAAAGAUUUGGUCAGCCACCGUGAGCGUGUUCACUUUGCCCACACUUUGUGCUCUAGCUUUGAGUGCUCGGAGCAAGUGUCUUGUUUGGCGAUGGUUCUUCGUUUGACGCGGGAUUUGUUGCCUCACAUGGUGGAAGAUGCUGACACGGACACUGACGAGAUUGAUGAGGACGAAGAUGAUGACGGUGUAGAGUACGAGCGCUUUGUGCUGGAUGAGAGGUUGGUGAAGUCGAAGACUCUUUCUCGACAAAUGAACUCGAUCCUCGUCAAGUUUGUUGCUGCACACCUGCGUUCUCGUGAGUUACACCACGAGAUUUUGAGCUAUGAACGAAAACGUGAUCAGUUGAAAGUCGAUGGUGACGUUGACGUCUUGCAGCACAAUUAUCUGAUGCUGGCACAACUCGACUUGUUGUACUUCCGUCGGGUAGCUCGGGAACAGUCAUCGUGCAACGAUGAGAGCGGAUACUGGGCGGCCCUUGCUGCAGAUACAAUGGAUAUCCUGGGCACACUUCAGGAGCUUUUAUCCACGCCUGGCUUUGUCGCAAUCGUCAGCGAGCUAUUGCACCAUGACAACAGCUUGGUUCGUAAAAAGGCGAUGCAGCUUUUCAAUCAGCGACUUCAAGAGGAGCGCGAGUCAUUGUCUCUAGGUGAAUCGUUGCUAUUUAUCGAUAUGCUGGACGAGCUGGAUGUUAUGCUUCAGAACCCUGGAGGUACUGAGAACAGCAUGAACAUUCAGACGGCACUACUCAGUGUGGAUAUAUUGGCACGGAACUUUGCUGUGAAUCACAUGAAGCGCUUUCAGAAGAUUCUUCCGACGAUUACAAAAUACGUGGAUCUGGACAUUGUCAACUCGUCGUCCAUGACCACGCAUUUGUUUGGUUCUGCAUUCGUAUGCCUGUCUUCAAUUGGCCGUGCGGUCGGUCCUGUUGUUUUCCCACUUUUACCGACGUUUUUCCCUCGACUCUUAAAGGGAAUCGAGUACUGCUCAUCAAGUCAUGGAGUAGUGAGUGGCACUAAGGCAGUGUUGCAGUGUUUGCUUGCAGCGUUGGAGGUGUUUACGGAUAAAAUUUCUCAGUUUUUGGGCCCGUACCUGCCCUCUGUCGUUCGUUCUCUUUUGACACCAGCACUCUUAUCUCCGUCGAAUGCAGGAGUGCUGAUGUCGGUAAAUUGCUGCUUCUUGAACCUGUGCAAUCAUGUCGAGCUGCGACAGCUUCUUCCUGCUUUAUUUGGAGCGUACGAGCACGUGUUAACGUUGGGAAGUGAUACGAGCGUGACUCGGUUGUUCUCGGUUGUGGAAACUGUUGUAAACGAUCUGGACUCGUUGGCUCUUCGAAAGCAUCUGCCUACAUUUGCACGCUUUUUCGUGACUGCGUUGGAUGCCCGUCGCGUGCACGCAGCUAAGCUGCAGAACGUAGAUGAUGUUGAGGAAGAGGUUCUCGAUUGCCUUGUUCAGUUUAUUCUGAAACUAAGCGAGAAGCAGCUCAAGCCGUUGUUUUUAAAGCUGGCAGAGUGGGCACAAGCGCGUGUCGGUUCAUCUGGCAAGGGUGGCGACAUCUCGCGCCGUAUUUCGUUUUUCAAGCUGGUCGUCAAGCUCUCGGAGCGCUUGCGUGGUAUUUUCGUCCCAUAUUACGCACACGUGCUCCCAUUCUUGACGUCAUCACUGUGCGAAAGCCGAAAGGUGCUGAUGCACAAGCUGCCACAGUCCUCAGAGGACUGUGAAAGUGGCGACGAGGACGAUUUCUUUGCCAGUGAGGUCGAACCACCAGCUAAGAAAGCGAAGCGUAGUGCCAUGUCUUCUGUGGCUGAUGAGAAGACUAAGCGGGAACUCAACACAGUGUUGCUAAGCACUGUGGUGCGUGCACUCGACGGCUGCUUUAUGCACGAUAACGAUGGAUUUAUGGAGAAGGAGCGCUUUGACGUGGUGCUCACUCCGUUGGUGGAUGUGCUGGACGUCCUGCAGUACGACCCAUCUUUGCGGACGUUUGCGCUAGAGAUUGUAGCGUCGUGUUUGGCAAAUUUGGCCUGGGCAGCCAAGAGCGACUUGCUGUGGAAACCGCUGCAUUAUGCUGUCCUGAUGAAGUCUCGUGGCGAAUCUGCGGCAGUGCGUCUUGCAGCACUGGUGACGGUGGAAAAGUGUUAUCAAGUGAUAGGUGAUGAGUUUUUGUCUAUGCUGCCGGAGAGCAUUCCGUUCUUAGCGGAACUCCUGGAGGAUACGAAUGUCGAGGUGGAGAAGACGUGUCACCGCGUAAUCAAGCAGAUCGAGGAUAUUUCUGGAGAGUCUUUGGAUCAAUACCUCACCAACUAG